CUCUCUCUCUCACAGGUUCUGUUCGAAGAAAACUCAUGGAUAAGGAAGGUGAUAUUAAACAGGCCUACGAAACUGAAUUCUCUUUCAUUUCACAUGGUUUCUCAAAUGUUAAAGAAGUUAAAAGAAUACGAAAAGGAUUCCAGAGUGAAAUUAGUGAUAUUGAAGGGAAAUGGAAGAGCAUUUUGUGCUGGUGGUGAUUGUGCAACUCUUAUUCACUUUUGUACUACUGGUCAUUGGAGUUUUGGUGCAAGCUUUUUUCGGAAACAAUAUACCCUAGACUAUGUUCUAGCUACACAUGAUAAAACUUUGGUCUCACUUAUUGAUGGAGUGGUCAUGGGAGGUGGUGUUGGGCUAUCCAUGAAUGCAAAGUUUCGAGUUGUGACCGAGAAAGCGGUAUUUGCUAUGCCAGAAGCAAUUUUAGGUGUUUUUCCAGAUGUAGGUGCAUCAUACUUUUUGUCAAAGCUGCCAGGUUACUUCGGAGAGUAUUUGGGCCUUACCGGUGCACGAUUAGUUGGAGCAGAGAUGGUUGCAUGUGGCCUUGCUACUCAUUUUGUCUUUUCCAAGGAUUUGCCUUCAUUGGAAAAAGAAUUGGAUGGAGUUAAUUCUACAGAUCCAACUGUUGUCUCUAAAGUCAUCAAUAAAUUCAUAGAAGCAUCAUCAAUUAAAUCUACUAGUGCUUUUAAAAGGAUGGAUAUCAUCAACAAAUGUUUCUCAAGAAAAACAGUCGAAGAAAUAUUAUCAGCAUUGGAAAACGAGUCUAGGAAUGGGCCAACUAUUUGGAUUGUAGUAGCAAUCAAGUCUAUGAAAGCAGCAUCUCCAACCAGCCUUAAAAUAUUUCUUAAAUCGAUUAGAGAAGGACGGGGGCAAGACAUAGAUCAAUGCCCAAUUCGUGAGUUUAGAAUGAUUUCUCAUGUCAUGCGCAAAACAGUGAACAAUGAUUUUUACGAGGGUUGUAGAGCAAUUUUUUUUGAUAAAGAUAAACAACCGAAGUGGGAACUUUCAAAGCUAGAAUUGGUUAGCAGUGAAUUAGUGAAUCAAUAUUUCACUAAAGUGGAUGAUGAUGACUGGGAAGAUCUACAGCUUGAUGCUAGGUUUGCUGAAGCUAAUUUAAUUAGAGCAAAACUCUAA